UGUAUUUUCACUCAGUCCUGCAACAUUACUUUUCCAGUGCUGGCAUGUUCCAUCAUCAGAGCAGUGGAUUCCACGAAGAAAGUUACCACCUGUUACAACGGCGACAAUGUCCAGCGCCUGAGCUGUGAUACCGGAGUGAUCCAAGUGCAUUCAGCCCUGUACGGACGUAAGGACAAUGAGACCUGCAGUGAGGAGAUACCACCAAACCAACUUGCCGAUACAACUUGUUCUCUGGCGGGCACAACGGCGUUGGUCAAAACGGGGUGUGAUGGCAAGAGGGAGUGUGAACUGAACCCGAACACCGUUCGUACCUCUGAUCCCUGCCGUGGAAUCUCCAAAUACCUGCAAACCAUCUACUCCUGCUUCCCAGCAAUUCACUUUGCUACAUGUGAGGGCUCUUUGGCAAAUCUCCAAUGCGAUCAAGGACUGCAAAUACGAGUGUACGGUGCCGACUACGGUCGCCGAGACACCACCACCUGCAUUUACAAGCGGCCCGAUGCUCAGGUUCAAAAUGUCCUCUGCUCAGCCCCCAGCCCCAAAGUUGCUGAACGCUGCAAUGGGAAAAACAACUGUAUCAUAACAGCGAGCAACUCAGUGUUUGGAGACCCCUGUCCCGGAACUUACAAGUACCUAGAGGUGGCUUACAUAUGUGAAUAUCCGACUACCAAUCCAGAGGAGUCUCUGUAAACAUGCUGUAACCACGACAGAAUCACUAUAAACAUGAAUUAAAUAAAAUAUGUUGUAUCAGCAG